AUGGGUCAAAGUGCAUCGGUAUCAAGAGUUUUAGACAAUGCCAAAGGCAAUGCCAUUAACAGCUUUGGAGCCACAACGAUCAAUAAUCAUCUAAUAACAUUAAACGAGCAACAAGAGGGUUUUUUGACAACAAGAUUCGACCAAGAUAUCCUUGUUAAUAUGAACAGACUAGGUCUCAAGGACCAAAAAUUGAUUAUUCAAAACAAGGAAGUCCAAACAGAAUUUUCAAGUGAAUUCAACCUCGACAAUAUCAAGAAUAUUGUUUCCCAAGUAUUAAAAUCAACUGAUCGCGAAGUGAAUUUAAUUCAAGAUUUAAGAAAUAAACCAUUAGCAAGUGAUGAUAACAUCAACUCACUCACCGUCCUGGUUGGUAGUUUGGAUCAAAGAUCCAAGGCCUUUUCAUCAUCGAUCCCCUCCUCCUCCUACUCAUUCAUCUACAACAGAGUGGCUCCAGGUGUCUUUGUAUUUAUCUGUAGUUCAUCGGUCACCUUGGAGGAUAAAAAGAAAUUCUUUGGAAAUGAAAUUGUUAUCACUACCGUUUUCCUCUAUAAAAUGAUGUUCUCCAUUCAAGACGAAGCCAAUUCAGUGAAAGUCGAAGAAGAAGAUAAUAUAAGAAAAACCAUCAACGUUCUUAAAUCCGAUCAGCUCAUACUCUCCCAAUACCUUAAAGAUGGUAAGAUUUCACCAGAAGAAUGGAAAGAGAAAGAUGAUAAAUUUUUAGCAAUGAUCAAGAAACUCCAAGAUAAUUUGGAUAAAAUGGAAUUAAUACAAAAAAAUAAUAAUAAACAAUGCUCUAAACUAUAA